AUGUACGAGGGAAAUGAUGAGAACGACAAAACAGAGGGAACGUUUGGAAGGAGCCUUAGUUAUUCAUCUGAGGAUGUGAAUAGAGACGACAUGCAAAUAGAAGAAGAGAAAUGUACGAAUAAUAUGAGGGCUACAAAAAGGGAUAGGGAGGAAGAAACAGAUAAUGAAUGGACAACCGUACAGAAAACUAAAAAAGGAAAAACCGAAACAAUACAGGUGUACAUAUCAAAUAAAGAGAAGUUACCAAAGCAAUUUGCUUUAGCCAAAAUAUUUAAGGAAUAUAAUAUAAACCACAUUUCGCGAGUAAAGUAUUUAUCUCCAUACAGAGCUCGAAUUGAUUUUGAAAAUGAAGAGGGUUUGGAGAAAUUAUACUCGUGCAAGUAUUUUGAUGAACAGGGGUUUAAAUUACAAGACUCAAUGAAUGUCAACCUAUCUUACGGUAUCAUUAAAUCUGUAGAUCUGGACCUUUCCGAAGAAGACAUUUUAAAGGAAAUACAUUGCCCUAACUCAACAAAACUCAUCUCUGUUCAACGUUUACAACGACGAGAUAGGAUUAAAGAAAGCGAUUGGAUACCUAGUGAAACAGUCAGAUUAUGUUUCCAAGGAUCAUAUUUACCACCUUAUGUGUAUGUCGCAAACUUAAAAAUUCAUGUCGAUCGCUACGUUUUUCCUGUCUCACAAUGCGCGCGUUGUUGGCGACUGGGCCACUCCACGAAAAGAUGCCCCUAUCAGAAAAUUAUCUGCCCUAAGUGUGGGAAUAAUCACGCCAACUGUGACACUAAGACAUUUAAAUGCGUAAACUGUGGUGGUAAUCAUAUGGCGUUGGAUAAAAUAUGUCCGGCAUAUGUAAAAGAAAAAACGAUUCGCGAAUUAAUGUCUGAUUACAACUGUACUUAUAGAAAGGCUCUGCUGGCCUAUGUACCACGUGAGGAGAUAACAAUUACAAAGAAAACUUAUGAAACUUUAUCUGCAACCGGAGACCAGAAUAACACUGGAAUAACAUACCCACAAAACACCUCUCAAUCUAGAUCCUAUGCUGAGAUAGUUACAACCACAGCUACUAUCGAAAAUCCACCUAACUGUUACAGAAAACCAACGCUUCGUACAAGCAAAAACGCGAAUAUACCGAAGAAGAAAAACCAGUCAAAACCGGAAAAUGAAUGGGAUAUGUGGUCACUCCCCGUGUAUGGUUCGGCAGAUGAACUGACUGACUGUGGAAAAAAGGAACCAAGGAAGCAGGAACAGCCAGAAAGAGGAGUGGAGUUCAAUGAGCUUUUAUCCAGAAUUAGUGACAUUAUUUUUCUCAAAAAGUGUAACUUGCAGCUCAAAGUGAAACAAAUUAUUAGUGUGUUUGUAGAGUGGUUAAUAUUAGUAAUAGUAAACAAUCUGUCAGACUGGCCAAUGUUGAAGGGAAUUGUGGAAUCUAUAACAGGCUUCAAUGGAUCGUAA